AUGGCUUCUCACUUCUUUCAACUCUCUGAACCCGAGUCUCGUUUCAAUGUCUUGGCGCCAUGGUUAAAGGCGAGCUCCGUUCCAGUUCCAUGUCCUCUUGAAUUACUUUUUCACCGUCUUCACCAGAGGAUGCUUGCAUUUGAUCCAAUGGAGAGCAAGAGAGGAAUGGCUCGGAAGGAAGAGUUCGAAGUAUACGUUGGAGGAUUGUCGUGGUGCAUAUCGGAGCGAGAGCUCCAAGAUGCCUUCAGCCGUUUCGGAAGAAUUAUCGAUACUCGGGUCAUUAUAGACAGAUUUCAUCGUUGUCGUGGAUAUGGAUUUAUUACCUUUGCAACUCGUCGAGGGAUGGAUAAUGCAAUCAGGGAAAUGAAUGGGCAGGAAUUUGACCAGGGGAUUAUCAGUGUCUAA